CAUACCACAGAAUUAAACGCGGUGUGGUGAUUCAGCACCACCACGGCAACACGUGCCACUGUUCUAGUGUGUUCAAAGAGUACAGAGCCACUCACGAAAAUGCGAUUCUCCAUCUCAUAUCAUACACCCAAGGCCACCGCCAAUCCUUUAUCGAUGGAUCUUGAAGCACUGCCGUUGCUCGGCUUCGUCAUCGCCCUAAUCCUCCUGCUGGCCAAGCUCAUCUACACCUCGUCGCCGCCGGCGCCGAGCAAGCGUCUGCCGCCGGGGCCAUGGCAGCUGCCGCUGGUCGGCAGCCUCCACCACAUCCUGCUGUCGCGCCACGGCGCCCUGCCACACCGGGCCCUACGGGAGCUCUCCGGCAGGCACGGGCCGCUCAUGCUGCUCCGGUUCGGCGCCGUGCCCACGUUGGUCGUCUCCUCCGCCGAGGGCGCCCAGGAGGUCCUGAAGACACACGACGCGGCCUUCGCCAGCCGCCACCUGACGCCAACGCUGGCCAUCUUCAGCCGCGGCGGCGAGGACAUCCUCUUCUCCCCCUACAGUGACCUGUGGCGCCAGCUCCGGAAGAUAUGCGUGCUCGAGCUCCUCAGCGCGCGCCGCGUCCAGUCCUUCCGCCACAUUCGGGAGGACGAGGCCGCCGCCUUGCUCCGCUCCGUCGCCGACGAGUGCGCUCAAGGCGCCGGCGGCAGUGCCGUGGUCGAGAUCGGCAAGCGGAUGUCCCGCAUGGUGACCGACAUCGUGGUGCGGUCGGCCGUCGGCAGCCGGUGCCCGCGGCGCGACGAGUUCCUCCGGGAGCUGGACAUUGCGGGGAAACUCACCGGCGGCUUCAACCUGGCCGACUUGUACCCGUCAUCGCCGCUGGCGCGCUGGAUCAGCGGCGCGAUCCGUGAGACUGAGCGCUGCAACCGCGACGUGCGCGACAUCAUGGCCGAUAUCAUCCGUGGGCGCGCCGACGGCGGCGAGGGGGGGAGCGAGGAGGACGAGGAGGACCUGCUCGGCGUGCUGCUGAGGCUGCAGAAGGAGGGCGGCGUGCAGUGCCCGCUCACCGCCGAGAUCAUCACCACCUUCGUCAUGGAGAUCUUCGCGGCCGGGAGCGAGACCUCGUCGACGACACUGGAGUGGACCAUGUCGGAGCUCAUCAGAAACCCGCGCGUCCUCCGCAAGGCCCAGGCGGAGGUGCGAGAGGCAUUCGACGGCCAACACAGGCUAACCGAGGACGACGUCGGCAGGCUGAGCUACCUGCACCUGGUGAUAAGGGAGACGCUGCGGCUGCACGUGCCGUUGCCGUUCCUGAUUCCGCGCCAGUGCCGGGAGCCGUGCGACGUGAUGGGCUACCACAUCCCCGAGGGAACCAAGGUGCUGGUGAACGCCUGGGCCCUGGGCAGGGACGGCGCCUACUGGGAAGACGCCGAAGCGUUCAAGCCGGAGAGAUUCACCGAGGAGACCGGCGCCGCCGCCGCCGCGGUGGACUUCAAGGGUGGCGACUUUGAGUUCAUCCCCUUCGGCGCCGGCAGGAGGAUAUGCCCCGGCAUGGCGCUCGGGCUGGCCAACAUGGAGCUGGUGCUCGCCAGCCUCCUCUACCACUUCGACUGGGAGCUCCCCGGCGGCGGGAGGCCGGAGGGGCUGGACAUGUCCGAGGAGUUCGGCAUCACCAUACGGAGGAAGUCCAAGCUCGUGCUGCGCGCUGUGCAACGUAUUCCAUUUGCAAAUUAAACUACCCAGCUCGUGCCGCACGCAUAGGGAUAAUAAUGCUGCAUGCGGAUCAGCAUAUGUGUAGUGUAUCUUUCGGUUGUGUACUUCGCAGCAUAGAGCGGUCCACCGUUCGGCGUCCGCAUGUGGCUGUUCUUCAAGGGUGCAUGAUUGGCUGCUCGCAGCAUUUAUCUUCAUUCAACGAGAUCUUCUUUUUAGAGACAUGAUAAAACUGGCCAAGUUUAUAUCUUUAAAUGGCAGAUUAUUUGGUUACUAACAAUA